UACGUUAACUUAGCCGUAACUCUGUUAUUAGAAUCGGAAAUACCGGAAAUGUUUUUAUUUUUAAUCAAUGAAUAUUCAAGAAGUGUUGACAAAAUAAUAUAAAAGUCGAUAAUCUACCAAAUAUUCGCUCAGUUCGAAAUCUAUAAUCGAAAACAACUAUGCGAUCGGUUCUGGUAAUAUCUCUCGUAGUACUCGCGGUGUUUGAUAGUGCGCAUUCGGCACCAAAAUCUUUAGACUUGAAAGAACUAUGCGGUUAUCCAACGGAAGAGUCGUGUUUACUCGGGCACAUGUUACGAAUUUUGACUCAUCUGAUUCAGAACCCAAAAGAAUGCACGUGCGAUCCAGGUCAAACAACUACAGUAGCUCCAACAGCAGAUCCUCUUAUCGGUACCACGCCAGUUACUACUACAGUUGAGCCAACAACAGAAGCCGUUACUACAGCUGCGACCACCACAACUGAAGCUUUAACUACUACUGAAGCCGUUACCACAACAGCAGCUAUAACUACAACUGAAGCUGUUACCACCACCGAAGUUGCUACCACAACUGCAGCUGUUACUACAACUGAAGCUGCUACUACGACCGAAGCUGCUGCCACAACAGAAGCAGUAACUACGACUGAAGCUGUUACUACAACUGAAGCUGCUACCACAACAGAAGCUAUAACCACAACUGAAGCUGUUACUACAACUGAAGCUGCUACAACAACAGAAGCUGCUACCACAGCAGAAGCUGCUACAACAACAGAAGCAGUAACUACAACUGAAGCUGUUAUAACAACUGAAGCCGUGACUACGACAGAAUCUGCUCCAACAACCUCAACAACUGAGGCUUUAACAACUACUACAAUUGCCACAACAACUGAUGCAGUAACUACACCAGUAAGCACGACUGUUUCAACUACAAUUGCUUCAACUACCGAGAUACCCGUUACUACAACAACUCCGGCAGUAACAGAGGCCAGUACGACGGUCGCUACUACAACAGUUGCUGCUACAACUCUGCCAGCUUCUACUACAGUGGCUCCUGAAACGACUACAGGUCCGGUAACUACAACAUCUUCUAUACCAACCACUACAGACGAUCUAGACGAUAUUGUAACGGAAAUACUCAAUCCCGAUCCAACAGAAACCACGACAAGCCAACCAAACCUAAAUAUACCAAACGAUCCAAAAUUGAUACUUAUACCAGCCAUUCAAGAUGAGAAUGGUAUAAGGGCACUGACGUUAGACUUCAUAAUCAAUUUUAUACGGGAAUUAUUUGAUAAUUGGAGCAGUAGUAGUAGUUAAAUAAGUUUUUGUUAUUGUAAAUAUUUAGUUGUUUAAUAAAUUUCUUUGUUACAUAAA